CUACGUUGAGUGGAAUUUUAAUAAUUCAAUAAUAUGGUGAUAAAAGUGGGACUCAUUGGGUACGGACAUUUGGGUCAAUAUUUAGCUUCAAAAAUUAUACAAGAUGAAAAUUUUGAGUUGAUAUUCGUUUGGAACCGCACAAUAUCAACUCUUAGAGGAAAAAUUGAUGAAUCUCUCAUCUUGAAUAAUCUGGAUGAUUUUGUUCUAAAGAAUGUGGAUCUUAUUGUGGAAGUCGCUCACCCCUCUAUUACUAGAUCUCAUGGAAAAGUCAUUUUAAAGCACUGCAACUACAUGAUAGGUUCUCCAACAGCCUUGUGUGAUGAAAAUUUACUGCAAGAUUUAAAAAGCGCUGCAACAAAAAAUGGACUUUAUGUUCCCAGUGGAGCUUUUUGGGGUGGAGAAGAUCUCAAAAAAAUGUCAGAGGCAGGCUUGAUACGAAGUCUUAUUGUAACUAUGAAGAAACAUCCCAAAAGUUUGAAAUUAGAAGGACACUUAAAAGAAAAAAAUGCUAUGGUGACGUCAGGGCCCACCCUAUUGUAUGAAGGUUGUGUCCGAGAUGUUUGUGCAUUAGCACCGAAUAACACGAAUACAAUGGCUGCUGCUGCUUUAGCAGUUCCUAGUCUCGGAUUCGGUAAUGUUAUCGGGCGUCUGAUCUCUGAUCCAGA